GGCUGAAAACGCCUACCAACCAACGCUCUUCAACUGUCCCGACGCCAUCGAAUUUCCGGGAAGGCUUUCUCCGACAUCGCCGGUCUCCACGAUGAAGACCCCUUGCCAAAGCCUUGUUCGAAUCCUCGAAUCCUUCGGCAGAUCCUUCUCUUCUUCCUCUUCCUCUACCUCCGCCUCUGCUACCUCCUCCCAAUUCCCACGGACUUUGGCUGCUCUCCGCGAACGACUUGCGGCGGAGUCGCCUUCACUUUCCGACUUCGUUGGCCUGCAAUCCACUGAUUCGUAUUCUGUGGAGGUGGGUACGAAGAAGAAGCCCCUUCCUAAACCUAAAUGGAUGAAGGAAUCGGUACCCGGUGGCGAGAAGUACGUUCAAAUCAAGAAGAAGCUCCGGGAAUUGAAGCUUCAUACGGUCUGUGAGGAGGCCAAGUGCCCUAACUUGGGGGAAUGCUGGUCUGGUGGGGAAACCGGCACUGCCACCGCUACUAUUAUGAUUCUUGGUGACACUUGUACCCGGGGUUGCAGGUUUUGUAACGUGAAGACGUCACGAACUCCACCUCCACCAGAUCCAAAUGAGCCUAAAAAUGUUGCUGAGGCAAUAGCAUCAUGGGGUUUGGAUUACGUGGUUAUCACUAGUGUUGAUCGCGAUGAUUUACCAGAUCAAGGGAGUGGUCAUUUUGCAGAGACAGUGCAGACACUAAAGGUGUUGAAGCCAAAUAUGCUGAUUGAGGCACUGGUUCCUGAUUUUCGAGGAGACAUUGGCUGUGUAGAGAAAGUGGCAAAGUCAGGCCUUGACGUCUUUGCUCAUAAUAUAGAGACAGUUGAAGAGCUUCAGGGAGCUGUUAGGGAUCAUCGUGCUAAUUUUAAGCAAUCAUUAGAUGUUCUAGCUAUGGCCAAAGACUUUGCACCUUCUGGAACACUUACAAAAACUUCCAUUAUGUUAGGCUGUGGGGAAAAACCAGAUCAGGUUGUGCAAACAAUGGAGAAGGUGAGAGCAGCUGGAGUUGAUGUGAUGACAUUUGGUCAAUACAUGAGACCUUCAAAGCGCCACAUGCCUGUAUCUGAAUACAUUACUCCCGAGGCUUUUGAGAAGUAUCAAAAUCUUGGCAUGAAAAUGGGUUUUCGGUAUGUGGCAUCUGGCCCAAUGGUUAGGUCCUCAUACAAAGCAGGAGAAUUUUAUAUCAAAUCAAUGAUUGAAUCAGAUCGGGCAGCUUCUAAUUCACAGCCUACCCAGUCUUGAUUAUUGUAUUAUUGGUUAUCUGUCCCCAAACUUCCCUACAUAAUUAACCACAUUUCAUUUAGUUCGAAAUGUUGGAAAAAUGGACUUAUGAUUAGACGGGUUUGUCUAGUCAUCUCUCAUAUUUUUUGCUCCUUAUUCGCUGCAGAUGUAUAUCAUUCACUGUAGCUAUUAAUUUUUCUUUACUCGUUAUAUAAUAAUAUCUGCAUUCUGUAUUUCUACCCUUCUUCCUGUUCUUGCUGUUGAACAUUAGGGUAUUUUUGUUCUUGUAAUGUUGAAAUUGGACUUGUAUUUGGUUACUUAUUUGUAUAGGUUUAUGCCAUUUUGCCUGUUCCUACAACAGCCUCAGUCAUUGGAUUCUAGUGCAGAAGCGAGUUCAACUGCUUACGAGUCAACAUAAAGUCAGGUAAUUUUCUCUACUCAACCAGAGAUAAGGUUGGGAAAAGAUAUAAAGUGCCCUGUAUCUGUAUGAGUGGUAAUAUUUUUUUUUGACAGAAGUACGUUAAAAAGGAACGUGAAGUGAUCAACAUGAAACAUCUUUUUAGGGUACUCUCCAGUCUCCCCUGUCUGAUUUAUAACUUAAACCAAUCCCAUGCCCUGUAUUAAACACGCCAAUGACAGUAUCUUCUUCCCCAGUACUGGGCGUUGAGCCAUUUCACUGCCAGCUCUGCCACUGCUCCACUCUCUCCCUCCCUCUGUUUCUAUAGUGUCUCGCCCGGAAGGCUUUCCCACCCAUUCAGUACCCUAAACCGUUAAAUUCAAAUUUUCAAAUUGUAAUAUCUCACUCCAUUGAGCCUCCAUCUCCAUUUUCUACAUUUACCACUCUCAUGGGUUGUUGCUUUAGCAGAGCCUUGCACGGAGGUCGGCCUCGUGUCCCGGACGAAAAUCCGGGACCGUUCGACACCCAUGUAGGAAACGUCUCCGGCAACGGGACCCCGGAAGAAGAAACUGUUAAAGAGGUCCUCUCAGAGACGCCCAUUGCCAGGCCAUGCAGCGUACAGGUACAACAAACAGAGCAAAACAACAAAACUCCUGAGAUGAAAGUAAAAUCCUUGCCAAGUCCAAUGGAUGGUUUGCCCAGCAAAGCGGAGGAAGGGGUAGUUUCAGUUUCAGUUUCAGUUUCAGAAACAUCUCAGGUUACAGAAUGGUGUAGCAAUAUGAGCGAGAGCGUUUCAAUGGCCACCACCAUUUCGGAGCAGAGAGAAGGCGACGAAGCAUCGAGCAAACAGAGUAGAGAAAUUGGUCGGAGUACGAAACCAAAGAUUCGCAGAAAGCGUCCAUACGCCGGGAAGUUUUACCGGAGAAGAAAUCUCGUGUCACUCGCAGGUACACGCAGGGGACGGAAUCAAGAAAGGCGAGGACCAGGAAGCUUAACGAGCAACAAUCCGGAGUCAGCCAUGUCCGGCGUUCGAGGUCGCCGGCUACUCGAACAGCCAGAGGAAUGAGUAAGUUCCAGGGGAACAUGAAAAGCAGUGCCAUGACUCCCAUGAAAGUGACUGCACAAGCUGGGGACCAGCAAGAGGCAGCGACCGCCGAGAAAAGAGACGAAGGAACGGCGGAGAAGCCGCCGGACGGUACAAUUCAGCCCCCAAAUGAAUCAAUAGAAAACCCACUUGUCUCACUUGAAUGUUUCAUCUUUCUGUAGAUUUUAGAACUGUUUAGUGAUGGGAUCUGUAGAUUUUAGAACUGUUUAGUGAUGGGUUGGUGUUGGUGUUGGUCCGUUGGUUGUGUCUAAUUUCUGGAAAUGUGUUGCAUACAAGACUUGGUUAGUUACUGUAGUUGUUUGAUUUCUUGUCGUUUGCUUGGACUGCAUUUCUUGUAAAUGGUAACCAAACCUGGUGGUUGUUUUGACUCUAAAAACAGUAACCCAGUACAGCAGGAGAAGGACAAUACAAAACCAAAAUUACCGUA